AUGCUUUCUGUCUUGAUCAGCGUUCUUCUCGCAGGAUUGUCUGAGUUUGAUAAGUGGCUCGUGGAUGAGGGCUCGGUACCUUGGGGAGAGUUUCUGGCCCACUAUUACUUUUUAACAUCCAAACCUGAAGAGGCCGCUUCGGGGUUUAAUGGAGGAGGUCAGUAUGGUAACUUCCUUUUCAAUCCUCACAAUGAUCCAUUAGGUGUAACUGACUACUUGCUAACUGACAGAGGUGGCAUGAAUGCAGUGUGGCCCAAUGGAAUCAUUGAAACCGACUACAACUUUUACGUGUGCAAUAGUGAAGAUACAAGAGUGCCAACUGAUCAAUGGAUACUCUAUGGAAAGCUGAAGAAUGACUUUCUGUCUGUUCUGGAUCCUAGUAUUAGUCCUGUGGGACUGGUGAGUUUGCCAAUUGUGUCGGAUGUGUCAACUGAUAACUUGACUCCAGCUAUCACUACUGAUGAUGAUGGAGAGUCUACUCCGGUGGAUGGAAGUGGUGCUACCGAUGAAGUACCAGUUCCUGGAGACACCACAUUUACUCCAAUUGUUGACAGCAAUACUGAUGUUCAGGUAAAUACUGAUAUUGAAGUGGUCAACACUGAUAUUGUCAAUACUGACGUUGUCAAUACUGAUAAUGUUGCCAACACUGAUGUUGUCGUAAACUCUGAGAUUCCUACUACUACUGAGGACCCUGUGCUUCGAGCUAGAGAAACUAAGCCAGUUUCUAUCAAUUUUGAUCGGUGCAUUCCAGUUGUUCUCCACACGCUAGCAAACCUUACGGAUUUGAAUCCAUCGUGUACGGAUCCAACCUGUUCCCAAAAACCCACAUGUCUGACCAUUUGCAAACCAUGCCCAACCUCCCUAGUUUGCCCUGCUGUUUGUGAGCCUAUCACCGUUUGUGAUCCAGAUCCAAACACUCCAAGCACUCCGACUCCAGAUCCAAAUACUCCAAGCACUCCCACUCCAGAUCCAAACACUCCAAGUACACCUACCCCAGAUCCAAACACACCUUCUCCCUCAAUUGAAAUAAUUCCUGGCUGCCCAACUUGUGUCAAAACUGUGAUUAACUGGGUCAUUACAUGUCCAUCUGCAACCACCAUCACCAUUUCAACAUGUCCACAAGUCAAUGUUUGCUCUCCGACCGUUCUUCUGUUGCCUCCAGGAACGCACUCGUUUACUGGCCGCGCUGUUGUCCCCGCCACUUCGGGAUCGAUUACAGUGACCAAGUCUCCCAAUGGAACUGCUAAAGUGUCUGGGACUGCUAAGACGUCUGGAACUUCAAGGGCUGCUGGGUCUUCUGGUGCUUCUGGAACGGGUUCUCUGACUGCGUUCAAUGGAGCAGUAGAAAAACGUUCGUUUUUCGGUUCAGUGUUUGGCUUGCUGAUUUUCCUCUUUAUGCUCAUUUAG